AUGGAUGGGAAACAACAGCAGCGCUCUGUGGGUAUUGAACAAAAUGCAGCCGAGCUGCUACCCAGAAAUCCAUACUGUUCAAAUUGCGGAACACACUGUGGCUGCAGAUCCCCUCAUGUGACCUUCCAGCCGCAAUGGGUUGCAGCAAAACCAUGGUCACUCUGGAAAACAUUUCUGGUGUGUCUGUUGGCCUGUCUAAUUGCUACAACCCUCGUUGUUCUGGCCUUAUAUUUUGUUCAUUUUGGCAAGCCCACCCUUGGUACAACCAUCGUCAUUCACGCAGACGGAAAGUCUAAUCAUAUGAUCUGCAUCCCCGGUUCUACCCCAUCUCCUGCCCCCAUCCCUGGUUCUACCCCAUCUCCUGCCCCCACCCCUAGUUCUACCUCAUCUCCUGCCCCCACCACUGGUUCUACCCCAUCUCCUGCCCCCACUACUGGUUCUACCCCAUCUCCUGCCCCCACCCCUAGUUCUACCCCAUCUCCUGCCCCCACCCCUAGUUCUACCUCAUCUCCUGCCCCCACCACUGGUUCUACCCCAUCUCCUGCCCCCACUACUGGUUCUACCCCAUCUCCUGCCCCAUCUCCUACCCCAUCAAGACCUCAGAGCACUCUGUCUUCUGCCCCUGUGAUCAACCAAAGCUCUCCGGCCACGGUGCCUCCACCUACCACACAGCCAACUAAAACCACAACAGAGCAUGAUGUCGAGAUUGAAGAUAAUAAACAGCUUUGA